CAAAAGCCUAAAAUUAACCUUAUCCAUCCUACCGGGAACAAUCACAGAGGUCACAUCUUCCGUCUACAACUUCUAAACGAGGCGCAAAAACACGCAACAUAACGAAGCACCAUGGCCUCAAACCUCCAGCGUUCAACGUCCUCAAUGGGCACGCGAGAGCGAGAAAAAUCGUACUUCGAACAACAGCGUGAAGCGUUGAUUGGCGAGAUAGCUAUGAGCUUCGAACACGUCCUCGCCAACAUCAACAAACUCAACCGCUCUCUCGAAGCCGUAACCGCCGUCGGAAAUGAAUUCUCCUCCGUCGAGGCCCUAUGGUCGCAAUUUGAAAACGUAAUGGCGCGAGAUCCCGAACCCGAGGCUGAAGACGGUAAGACCGUUGUUGAGGAGGGUGGGGAGGAAGGUCAGAGAGGGCGUGCUGAAGAACGGGCGGAGGGUGAGGCGAAGAGUUAGAGAUGAAGUGCGAACCUUGAUUAGUACGGUAUUUCGAGGUAAAAGCAGAAUGAAUGAGGGAUGAUACGGGACGGUUGGUCAUGACGAUACCCGCCUUAGCACUACGAAGCUACGGCACAUUUACAUUACAUCACUGAA